UCUGUUGAAAGGAAGUUAAUUAGACUUAUUCUUUGAAAACAAUCCGUUUCAUACAGGAUCUUUUUUUCUGUAAACGAACCAAUAAUACAAUCCUAAAAGAAUAUUGAAAGUAUCAAUUUUAGUUUGAAAGCCUACCACCUACAAAUGUUAAUAUUUUAAAAACGUUAGACGGUUGACGGUUCAGUUCAUAUAACAUGGCCAAAGCUAUUCCGCCAUUUGAUUUUCAUGCGGUUCAAGUGAAUGAUCGACAUACAUUUUAUGAAGCAUUUCUCGGACAAUUUGUGCUACCUUGGUAUGCAAUCAAGAAAAAUUCAGGGGCAUACCUUUAUGAAAAGAAAAGAAGGGAGGUUGAUCUUUUUACUGGCAGAAAGAAAAAAGAAAAGGUUCAUGGAAGUAAAAAACCAUCAAAUACAUAUUCCACUGAGGCUGACGAUGUACGUCAUGAUGGGAGGAGGCAAAAUGUGUUGAAACAAGACGAAUCUUUGGCAAUGAAAAUUAGCCUUUUAGAAAACGAAAACGCCAAGUUAAGAAACAGAACUAUAAAGAAACAGGAAGAAAUUGCAUCAAUGGAUGAUGAAUUGAGAGAAGCCUCAGACCACAUCGAUCAGUUAAAGAAGCAAAUUGCAAAUAUGCCAGAUAAAAUCAAUGACUUAUCUAUAAGGCUAAGAAAAUUAUCAGGAGACAAACUGAGGGAUGGAAAUCCAGAUAUCGCUUAUCUAAGCGACCCAAAUAGACCAACACAACUUGGAAAGGAAUUCUCUGAUUUGUACGAGAAUGAGUGGUCUGAUGCGUUUGAGGAACUGAAAGGGAAAGACGAAGAGAAAAUAAGAGUAUUACAUGCGAUUAUGAAGGAAUCUUUCAAGACGUCUUGCGACAAAUUGAGUGAACAGGAUAAGACUAUUCAAUCGAUUCUCCUAAAUUAUGAAGAAACGACCGAAAACCUCCCUUCAUCGUCUGAAAAGUGCCCACAAAUUGUCCAUAAUGUACUUAAAGAUACUAGAAAGUCGAUGUCAACUUUGUCUGGUGAAAACUUUGCAAAGGAAUACGUCGCAAAAAGAUUUCGGGAGCUAUGCAUGUUAUCUUUUGGGCUGUCGGAUCCUGGUCCUUAUUUGAAGAAAUUUUCCGCUAAAUGCGCAAAUUUUGGAUGGCUCAUGAAUGUUUGCGACCCUCCGAUGGCUGUUUGCGAUGGAAAGUGGGGAGAUGAGUUUAAACCCGACUUAUACAAGGCAUACACAAAGUCAGAGAAGGGAUUGAAGAAACCAGUGGUGGACUUCAUUGUGUGGCCAGCUUUACAUCUGCAUGAGGGUGGCCCACUGGUGUCUAAAGGAAUAGCACAGCCAGUUGAAAAGCAUUAAUAAAUAAUUAUGUAUGAAUGAUCGUUGUGUCGUAUGGAUUUGAACACUUACUAGUAGUUAAAACAAGUGCUCGCUGUACAAUAUUUACUCAAGAUGUUGUGCAUUUAAUUAUUUUCUUUCAUGAAGAUACGAGAGGUGAUAUACAAUAAGCUGACCUUUGUAAUUACUUAUUAUUUUGAAUGCAUGUGUGAUGAAAUUCAUACUGUCCAUGCUUGACAUUAAGUUUUCGACUAAAGAAUGAUGACUUGCUAUUUUCACAAUAUUAAAUCGUUGAUGGCCAAUUAAACGAGAUAUUAUUCCUUUUGCAGGACAUGCUAAAACACGUCAUUUUUAAGCAUAAAUAUAUUAUAUAAUUGUAAAAUCUUUAUCAUGUCUCAUUUAUUUCCUAGAAGUAUCAUGAGAAAAUACAUCUGCUGUUAUCGAAACAGCACUUUAAUUAUUGGCGGUAUAUUUCAAAGACAUUCGGUACUUUCAUGUAUAUCGUUAAACUCUUUUAUGGGUUAAAAUCAUUGUACAAAAUGUCUUCGGUGCCACCACUCUAGCUUAGUCACUAGCUGUUUAAUUCUUAUUCUGAGUGUUAAUUUAUUGACUCAUGUUAAAUUUAUACUCACAACUCUUGCUUAAGCUAUUAUUCCGAAAGUUGUUCUUAAACUGUAAUAAUAUUGUUUUCUGAAACAAACUUUGUCUCAACGGCGUCUUGGUUGGAAAUAAUGCUUAACCAUUUGAGCGUAUUGAUUGUAUCAUAAAGAUUUUAGCCAAUAAAUACAGA